GAGAUCACUUCCACCAAAGUGGUAUAAACCCCACGGAAUUACCCAAAAUUUUUCCAUCAGGUUUAACUUUUAUUGAUCUUGGAACACAUCAAACAACUGGAAUAGGAAUGCAUGUUUAUAGUCAUUUAAUUCCAACAAUUGAACGUGAAAAUCUUGAUUUACAAGAUCCAUAUAUAACAAAAUGGAAUAGAGAACUUCUUUCAUCUAUUGGGCAAACAGUAAGAUCUAUUUUUGAUCAAUUAAUACUUGAUAAUAAACAAUUCGAGUCUAUAUUUGCUUCUUAUUCAUUUCAACAAUCUGUACCAAAUAACGAAAUCGGUUCGAUUCUUGUCGAUGGAUUUCUUUCUUCUAAUAAAGAUUUACUUGUUCCUGUUAAACGAUCUCCAACAGAUAAUAAUCUUUUACUUAUUCCAUUAACACAAGCAUAUAUAGCACGAAAUUAG